AUGGAAGAGUCUAAACCAUGUGUUACCCUAAUGGCUACUGAUUCUAAACUAGUCAAAGAGGGAGGUGAAUUGUUUGAUAAUCCUUCGCUAUACCAGAGCAUUAUUGGUAGUCUACAGUAUCUCACUCUAUCUAGACCAAACUUGGCAUUUACGGUGAACAAAUUACGCCAAUUUCUCCAAAAUCCAUCAAAGGCACAUUGGACUGCUUGUAAACGAAUUAUGAGGUAUAUUAAAGGGACUCUCUCCUACAGACUUAUGUUUCACAAGAGCUCCAGUUUCAAUUUAGAAGCUUAUGCGGAUGCCGAUUGGGUGAGUGAUGUUAAUGAUCGGCAGUCAACCAGUGGCUAUGCUAUUUUUCUUGGCGGAAAUUUAAUUCAAUGGAGCUCACGUAAACAGAAGGUUGUAUCUCUCUCUUUUACUGAAGCUGAAUAUUGA